AUGCUCUUACGAGUGGAAGUGCUGGGCUUCAUUCAUGCCAAAACUACAGAACCGAGAGCGAAAUACAAUCUCUACACGCAAGAUGGGCUGAGUAGUUUUUGGACCUCCCCGUCCGAUCGGCGUGUUAACCUUGUAUCCGAGGUCAAGCCACUCACAGGAAGCCAUUACCGCGUCAAAGAGGGUGUUGACUUCCUACAAGAAAAGGAUGUCUGUGUUGAAAAUGCACUUCGAUACCAGUACUUCGACAGCUCGUACAACACCUUCAUUACCAUUCUGGAGUCCACUCAACAAGUAUCCAAAAAGUGCACAUACCAACUUCCGUCUCGCUCGUCGCAACUUCAAGCUUACUUGAGGUCACCUACCAUAUCAAAUGCCAUAACCCCGAACCAGGUGAUUGCACGCUUAUCCGAUUGCCCCUCGCACUUCUCUUUGGACGAAUACAAGGCUUUCGGGUGUCUUCCGAUUGGGUACAGAAUCCAGUACCAGAAUCUUCUCGUGCAGCUUGCAAUGCCAACUAUUGACCUGAAUAAGAUCGAGACGCAUUGCUUGCUUUUGCAGACCAUGCACCGCGCAGGUCCGCCUACAAGCAACAACAAGGUAGAGCGUAUUGCCCACGAGAUCCUCACGGAUGAGAC